CAGAUUUCAACUCCCUGGUAAAAGAUGUCUUGUCUUAGCCGUAAUAACGGAGAAUUCGAUUGUAACGGACCCCUCAUAUUAACACCAUCAAAAUCAUCAAAUGCGGGGAAAUUUUAUUUAACUUGCUCAUCUACAGAGGAAAACCACGAUUGUGUUUGUUCACCAACGCGGGAUUUCAAUGUCACAACCUGCGUACCACGACAAACAGACUCAACGGCAUGUUCAGGUGUUGCAAGUAACACUGCAAAUCCAUGUACGAUAACGUGGAAAGGAGAUUAUACUGAUUUUGUGGACGUCCUACCUCUAUCGUGUGAGAGAGUUUUAGUUUCACCCUCGUGCAAAACCAGAUGUCAACAGAAGAAGAAUGGCACAGUACAAUGCAAAGGAACAAUAAUUUGCAGUGCCUCACCAGGUCCCACCUGUUAGGACAACUCCCGGAAAUGUGUGUAGUCACCUAUCAAGGUAUUACGUGCUUUGAUAAGAUAAAAUUGCUUUACUAAAUGAGGAGUAGACAUUCCCAAGGGUUAUGAAUGUGUC